AUGCUGGUGCUGCAGGUCCAGAUCACAGACUCCAAGAAGCACAGGCCUCACUGCAUCACCUCUCACUUUAGGAAAAACUGGCUGGAGAGGGCCAGCAGCCAUGAUCCAAAUUGGCACUGCAACCUCAGCUACUACAACCCCUACCACCACAAGUGCACCUACUCCUACCACAGCUACUACAACCCCUACCGCCACAAGUACACCUACUCCUACCACAGCUACUACAACCCCUACCCCCACAAGUACACCUACUCCUACCACAGCUACUACAACCCCUACCGCCACAAGUGCACCUACUCCUACCACAGCUACUACAACCCCUACCGCCACAAGUACACCUACUCCUACCACAGCUACUACAACCCCUACCGCCACAAGUACACCUACUCCUACCACAGCUACUACAACCCCUACCGCCACAAGUACACCUACUCCUACCACAGCUACUACAACCCCUACCGCCACAAGUACACCUACUCCUACCACAGCUACUACAACCCCUACCGCCACAAGUACACCUACUCCUACCACAGCUACUACAACCCCUACCGCCACAAGUACACCUACUCCUACCACAGCUACUACAACCCCUACCGCCACAAGUACACCUACUCCUACCACAGCUACUACAACCCCUACCGCCACAAGUACACCUACUCCUACCACAGCUACUACAACCCCUACCGCCACAAGUACACCUACUCCUACCACAGCUACUACAACCCCUACCGCCACAAGUACACCUACUCCUACCACAGCUACUACAACCCCUACCGCCACAAGUACACCUACUCCUACCACAGCUACUACAACCCCUACCGCCACAAGUACACCUACUCCAACCACAGCUACUACAACCCCUACCGCCACAAGUACACCUACUCCUACCACAGCUACUACAACCCCUACCGCCACAAGUACACCUACUCCUACCACAGCUACUACAACCCCUACCGCCACAAGUACACCUACUCCUACCACAGCUACUACAACCCCUACCGCCACAAGUACACCUACUCCUACCACAGCUACUACAACCCCUACCGCCACAAGUACACCUACUCCAGCCACAGCUACUACAACCCCUACCGCCACAAGUACACCUACUCCUGCCACAGCUACUACAACCCCUACCGCCACAAGUACACCUACUCCUGCCACAGCUACUACAACCCCUACCGCCACAAGUACACCUACUCCUGCCACAGCUACUACAACCCCUACCGCCACAAGUACACCUACUCCUACCACAGCUACUACAACCCCUACUGCCACAAGUACACCUACUUCUACCACAGAAAGUACAACUCCUAACACUGCUACGAGUACACCUACUUCUCCUGCAGGUAGUACAAGUCCUGCUAACACCUCGAAUACGUCUACUUCUACCAUACAUACUCCAGGUCCCAGCACACCUUGCAAAGAGGAUUCAUGUAAGGAUGGUUCUUUGUGUGUUAAUCUGCUUAAUGAUUAUUUCUGCCUGUGUUCACAAGGAUAUUACUAUAAUUCUUCCACAUGCAAUAGAG